UCACCCAGGUCACUGCUGUCUGGUGUCAUGGUUCAUCAGUGAAGGUGAUGCGGAUGUGUGUGGCUGGUGACGACGUUCUCAGCCGCAGCAGCGCGGCCACCGUGACGUCAGAGCUGCGAGAUGAUUCUUCAACGGCAUUUGUUCAUCUCAUGCACGCUUUCAAACCCGCGUCAGCAACAAGCGACGCGGCGUGACUGUCCGUCAUGGCAACGGUGGAAGAACCCCAGCGUGUUCACACGUGAAGCUGAGUCCUGGAAGUGUGUGGACCGAGCUCCUCACUCGGAAACACUGGCUGCAAACGUCUGGAUUCCACCGUUCACCGAACUGAUUGGCAUUUACCACACGAUCCACGACGUCUUCGUCAGGACAGGAUGUCCGUCUUUUGCAUUUCAAAGCGGCCCUGCUAUGUGCAGCUGUGUGCGGAGCUCCAGGGCUCUGACCCCCGUCCUGCUGCCUCGGCUGCUGCUCCCACCCCCGGGUCACAGAUGGGUCAGCAGGCUUCUGUCCACCUCCUCCCUGCCGCCCCUGCCCAGCCAGGCCCGGGUGGUCAUCUGCGGAGGGGGAAUCGUGGGCACGUCCGUGGCCUAUCACCUGGCCAAGCUGGGCUGGACUGACAUCAUCCUGCUGGAGCAGGGCAGACUCGGUGCAGGGACCACCAGAUUGUGCGCCGGCAUCGUCAGCGUGGCUAAACCCAUCACCAUCGAGUGCCAGAUGGCCAACUACUCCAACAAUCUCUAUCAGCAGCUGGAGCAGGAGACCGGCGUCAAGACUGGAUACGUCACCACCGGAUCUUUGUGUCUGGCCCAGAACCAGGACCGGCUCAUCUCCCUGAAGCGCCUGGCGUCCAGACUCAAGGUGCUGGGCAUUAGUUGCAACAUCAUCAAACCCAAAGAGGUGGCAAAACUGCACCCGCUGGUGAACAUCCACGACCUGGUGGGAGCUCUGCACCUGCCUGCUGACGCCGUGGUGUCGCCGCCCGACGUCAACCACGCGCUGGCCGUGGCUGCUGCCGCUCAAGGGGUCCAGAUCCUGGACCGGACCAGCGUUCAGCAGGUUCUGGUGGACAAAGGUCAGGUGACGGCGGUGGAGACGGACCGAGGCUCCGUUGAGUGUGAAUAUUUUGUCAACUGUGCUGGACAGUGGGCGUACGAGUUGGGUCAGGCCAGUGAGACCAAGAUUUCCAUUCCUCUCCACGGCUGCGAGCACUUCUACCUGCUGACCAAACCCCUGCAGGACCAGCUGCCCCCCGACGCACCAGUGCUGCUGGACAUGGACGGCCGGAUCUAUGCCCGACCCUGGCAGGGAGGACUGCUGUCCGGAGGCUUCGAGAAGAACCCCAAACCCAUCUUCACCGAGGGCCGGAACCAGCUGGAGAUCCAGAACAUGCAGGAGGACUGGGACCACUUCGAGCCCAUGCUCAGCAGCCUGCUGCGGAGGAUGCCGGCCCUGGAGUCAGCUGAGAUCCAUCAGCUGGUCAACUGUCCCGAGUCCUUCACCCCUGACAUGCGCUGUCUGAUGGGGGAGACUCCGGGCGUGGCCGGCUACUUCGUGCUGGCUGGGAUGAACUCGUCCGGACUGUCGUACGCCGGAGGAGCCGGCAAGUACCUGGCGGAGUGGAUGACCUACGGUUACCCCACCGCCAACGUCUGGCCCCUGGACAUCAAAAGAUUCGGGAACCUUCAGAGCAGCCGGACGUUCCUGAGACACCGAGUCAUGGAGGUCAUGCCUCUUCUGUACGAGCUGAAGGUCCCUCGCUGGGACUUCCAGACGGGUCGCCAGCUCCGGACCAGUCCGCUGUACGACCGGCUGGACACGCAGGGAGCGCGCUGGAUGGAGAAGCACGGCUUCGAGAGACCCAAGUACUUCGUCCCUCAUGGGAAAGAUCUGCUGUCGCUGGACCAGAGCAAGACCUUCUACAAACCCGACUGGUUCGACAUUGUGGGAGCUGAAGUCAAGUGCUGCAAAGAAGCCGUCUGCGUCAUCGACAUGUCCUCUUUCACCAAGUUUGAACUGACGUCCAGUGGUGACGAGGCUCUGGAGUUUCUGCAGCACCUCUGUGCCAACGACCUGGACGUGCCGGUGGGUCACAUCGUGCACACCGGGAUGCUGAACAGCAGGGGGGGCUACGAGAACGACUGCAGCGUGGUGCGCAUCAGCAAGAACAGCUUCUUCAUCAUCUCGCCCACUGACCAGCAGGUCCACUGCUGGUCCUGGAUGAAGAAGCACAUGCCCAGUGACCCGAACCUGCACCUGGAGGACGUCAGCUGGAAGUACACUGCCUUGAAUCUGAUCGGACCGCGAGCCGUGGACGUCCUGGCUGAGCUCUCCUACGUCUCCAUGACCCCGGAGCACUUCCCGUCCAUGUUCUGUAAAGAGAUGAGUGUGGGCUACGCCAACGGCAUCCGAGUGAUGAGUAUGACUCACACUGGAGAACCAGGCUUCAUGCUCUACAUCCCCAUCGAGUACGCUCUUCACGUCUACAACGAGGUGAUGUCGGUGGGUCAGAAGUACGGCAUCAGGAACGCCGGCUACUACGCGCUCCGCAGCCUGCGCAUCGAGAAGUUCUUCGCCUUCUGGGGUCAAGACCUGGACGCCUUCACCACGCCACUGGAGUGUGGCCGCGAGUUCCGAGUCAAGUUGGACACGGACCGGGACUUCGUGGGGCGCCAGGCCUUGCUGCAGCAGCGCCAGGACGGUGUCUUCCGCCGCUUCGUCAUGUUGGUUCUGGACGACCACGACACGGAGCUGGACCUGUGGCCGUGGUGGGGUGAGCCCAUCUAUCGAAACGGCCAUCUGGCCGGUGCCACCACCAGCAGCGCCUUCAGCUACACGCUGGAGCGCCACGUCUGCCUGGGCUUCGUGUCUCCGCCGCCGGGGCCCGAGGGGCUGCCCACACCCUUCACCCCCGACUUCAUCAACCGCGGCGACUAUGAGGUGGACAUCGCGGGUCAGCGCUACCCGGCCAAGGCCAAACUCUACCCCUUCAGCUCGCUCUUCACCCAGCAGAAGCGCCGCAAGGACGAGCUGGAGCUCAGCAACCUGCAGGGGAAGUGAGGGCACCGCCGUGGCCCCCGCCACGCACUCCCACCACUGCAGCGCCCCCUCCAGGGUCGGAGGGUGGCUGCGCUGCUGUCACUCCUGCAAAGCUCCGCCUCCCGAGUCUCCAAGUGCAAUAUCAGCUGCUGUCAGCGCCUCAGCAGCCAAGUGCCUUCCUCAGCAGAGGGGAAUCCACCCGGCAACCUCUGGUGUUGGACCUUUAUUUAAUCCGCGCCUUUGCACCUUGUGGAAUGUGAGGAGACUCCGUGUGAGGAUGACAUAUAAAGCCUCUCCAUCCCGUCCGCUCGUCC